CCAGGCCGCGGGCGGCGCGGGACGGCUGCGCUGCGCCGAUCACCCGGUAGACAUGAUGAACAUCAAGGCCUUCACCUUGGUCUCGGCAGUGGAACGGGAGCUGCUGAUGGGGGACAGAGACCACAUCAGCAUCGAGUGUGUGGAGUGCUGUGGCAGGAAUCUCUAUGUCGGCACCAGCGACUGCUUCAUUUACCACUUCCUGCUGGAGGAGAAGGCCAUGCCUACAGGGACAGCUACAUUCAUUGCCACAAAACAGCUACACAGACACCUGGGCUUCAAGAAACCUGUGAACGAGCUGUGUGCGGCCUCAGCUCUCAAUAGGCUGCUGGUGCUCUGUGACAACUCUAUAACCCUGGUUAACAUGCUGAACCUGGAGCCAGUCCCCUCAGGAGCCCGCAUCAAAGGGGCUACAACGUUUGCAGUGAAUGAGAACCCUGUGAAUGGGGACCCUUUCUGUGUGGAGGUGUGCAUCAUUUCCGUGAAGCGCAGGACUGUCCAAAUGUUUCUGGUGUAUGAGGACCGAGUACAGAUUGUCAAGGAAGUGUCCACCCCAGAGCAGCCUCUUGCUGUGGCUGUGGAUGGCUACUUCUUGUGCCUGGCCUUGACCACACAAUACAUCAUCCUGAACUACAGCACAGGCCUUUCCCAGGACCUGUUUCCCUACUGCAGUGAGGAGAAGCCACCCAUCGUCAAGAGGAUAGGCAGACAGGAGUUCCUGCUGGCUGGCCCAGGAGGCUUGGGCAUGUUUGCCACCGUGGCCGGGAUUUCCCAGCGUGCCCCUGUGCACUGGUCAGAAAAUGUGAUUGGGGCAGCUGUUUGCUUUCCCUAUGUCAUAGCGCUCGAUGACGAAUUCAUCACAGUUCACAGCAUGCUGGAUCAGCAGCAGAAACAGACCCUACCAUUUAAGGAGGGUCACAUCCUGCAGGACUUUGAAGGAAGAGUGAUUGUUGCCACAAGUAAAGGAGUUUACAUCUUGGUUCCAUUACCUCUGGAAAAACAAAUACAGGAUCUGUUAGCAAACCGGAGAGUGGAGGAGGCUUUGGUCUUGGCAAAAGGGGCCCGGAGGAACAUUCCAAAAGAGAAAUUUCAGGUAAUGUACAGAAGGAUUCUGCAGCAGGCAGGCUUUAUACAGUUUGCACAACUCCAGUUCCUGGAAGCCAAAGAGCUCUUCAGAAGCAGCCAGCUGGAUGUCCGGGAGCUGAUCUCUCUCUACCCCUUCCUGUUGCCCACCUCCUCCUCCUUCACCCGGUCUCACCCUCCUCUUCAUGAGUAUGCAGACCUGAACCAUCUGACCCAAGGUGACCAGGAGAAGAUGGCCAAGUGCAAGCGCUUCCUCAUGAGCUACCUGAAUGAGAUCCGCAGCACAGAGGUAGCAAAUGGUUACAAGGAAGAUAUCGACACGGCCUUGCUCAAGCUGUAUGCAGAGGCUGACCAUGACAGCCUCCUGGACCUCUUGGUCACUGAGAACUUCUGCUUGCUGACAGACAGUGCUGCCUGGCUGGAGAAGUACAAAAAGUACUUUGCACUGGGGCUACUCUAUCAUUACAACAAACAAGAUGCCUCUGCAGUUCAGUUGUGGGUGAACAUUGUGAACGGGGACAUCCAGGAUUCUACACGCACAGACCUGUAUGAAUACAUUGUUGAUUUUCUUACUUACUGCCCAGACCAAGAGCUGGUGUGGACCCAUGCUGACUGGCUGCUGCAGAAAAGUGAGGAGAUUGGAGUUCAAGUUUUCACCAAGAGACCUUUGGACGAGCAGCAUCAGACUAGUUUUAAUCCAGACAACAUUAUUAGUUGCCUUAAGAAGUACCCUAAAGCCCUGGUUAAGUAUCUGGAGCAUCUCGUUAUCGACAGGAGAUUACAGAAAGAAGAGUAUCACACCCACCUUGCCAUCCUCUACCUGGAGGAGGUGCUGCGGCAGAGGGUAUCCACUGGAGGCAAGGACAUAGAAGCCACUGAGACACAGUCCAAACUCCGGAGGCUGCUCCAGAAGUCUGAUUUGUACCGUGUCCACUUGUUGAAAGAGAAAAUCCAAGGUGCUGGCCUGCCCAUGGAAAGUGCCAUCCUCCAUGGGAAGCUGGGUGAGCAUGAAAAGGCCCUGCACAUCCUGGUGCAUGAGAUGGGGAACUUCUCUGCAGCUGAGGACUACUGCCUGUGGAGCUCCGAGGGUCAGAAUGCAGCCUGCCGUCAGCACCUCUUCCACACACUGCUCUCCAUGUACCUCAGUGCAGGCCCCUCUGCCCAGGACCUGACUGUGGCUGCUGUGGACUUGCUGAACCAUCACGCCAGAGAAUUUGAUGCCACCCAGGUCCUACAGCUGCUGCCCGACACUUGGUCGGUGCAGCUUCUCUGCCCAUUCCUCACAGGAGCUAUGAGGGACAGCAUCCAUGCUAGGAGGACCACACAGGUGGCUCUUGGCCUGGCCAAAUCAGAAAACCUGAUUUACAUGUAUGAUAAGAUGAAGCUGAAGGGAAGUGUAGUCCAUCUCUCAGAGAAAAAGCUUUGCCAGCUCUGCCAGAACCCUUUUGGUGAACCUGUGUUUGUCAGAUACCCAAAUGGAGGACUUGUGCACACCCACUGUGCUGCCAGCAGACACACGACCCCCAGCUCGCCCAGCCCUGGCACUCGGACUUGAUAAGUGUGGCUCCAGGCUGCAAAGGAGAUUCUUUUCCACAUCUGUUUGUGUGUGUGUGAGAGAGAGCCAGAACAAAGGGAAGGCAGCGUCUAGGGGCCAGGGAACCGCUCUCCCUGGGAAACAAGGGCACUUCUCUGCUGAUUGUUGUCUGUGUGAAUGGAAAUGGAGAAGGCCUGAACACCCCCUCCCCCCAGGAUAGUGACGGGCCAGAGUCUACCUGUCCAGGAGGUUACAGUCAUCCAAAGCACAAGUCUGAAAAGCAGGCAGUGUAGCCUGGGUGAACAGACACAGGUGGGGCCUGCAAAUGAGGUCUGCCCCGGCCCGGCAAAUGUCCAGGGUGCAGAAGCCUGAGCCGGCCAGGCACCUUGCCUUUGAGGAGGAAUGUUCCUCACAUAGGCUCCACAUCUGCCCCUAAAGUGGAUGGAGCAUCUGGUCUUCCCAUCCAGCUGUCAACCUCUGAAACCCUCUGCCUCGGUUACCUAAGCACUCACUGGGUGUAAAGUCCUAUGCUUCUGGCUGCCUAGCACAUGGAAAUCUAUUUAGAAAGAGCUAAAGAUUCAGUGGACAAAGGCACUUGCCACCAAGCCUGGCAACCUGAAUUCAAUCCCCAGAACCUACAUGAGGAAGGAGAAAACCAACUCCUGCAGGCUGUCUUCUUACAUGCACGAAUGCACGCAGCACACUCGCGCACACCCACACACCCACACAUACACACGGGGAGGGGGUGGCUGGGGAGAGAGAAGCGGUCUGAGUGGGAAGCUGCUUUGCCUGGCCUGAAGACUGCAACAGAAAGAAGACCCAGAAGUUUGAGGGCCCAGAAACAGGUUCCUUUUCAUCCACUUGCUGACUGGAAACACCUUGAUGGACAUACACAACUCAAAUGUUUUUAUUUGAAUUCAUAUCAUCUUUGUAGUUUUCUCUCAUUUGAAGUUUUGUCAGUCUUACUCAUUAUGGAUAUCUCUUCCCUCAUUAAAACGUACCUCCUACUGAAUACUUGGGAAAUUCAAAGGGAGAUGUGAUCAGGAAACCAAUGAGCCUUCCAGGAGAGGCUCAUACUGGCCUCUGCCCUGUCGCAGGCAGCUGGCAGAGCUGCUGCCCCCUGUUCUGCCCACAGGUGUUUCUGCAGGAUCUUAGGAGGCCAGGCCACCUUAUCUGCCAGCACUUUCCAUGCCUGCCCUGAGCUUUCCUGAAUGCUUAGAGGAAAGGUCUUACCUGUGACCAACUGGACUUGGUGUCUGUCAUUGUCACAGACAAACUGCAGCUCUUGCCAUAUCCCUGCUCUGAAGUCUCGGAGCCAGUCCCCGGGAUGGUAACUCUGUGAGAACAUCAGAGCAGACAGCACACUCUCUACUAAGAUGCUUGGAAAAGCAGCAGCAUCUCCUGGGCUGAUGGGACAGUCCCAGAACACACCCCAGCCCAUCUGCCAGACCCUCUCCCCACCCUGUCCAUUCCUGACAAAGUGAUCUCUGCAAUUACAAUAAUCGCUGUAUUUCUUAUCCCUUUGGGAUUCCGAGUAAGCCAGGAAGUAAAAGCACCCGUGAGUGUUCAGGGGACUGACACCCUUUUCCCUACAUGUGUCUGAGAAUAAAUGAUGAAGUCUCCUUGCAGCUCCUCUGUGUCCCAAGGAUGACUGAGAACACUCUUCUUACUGCAUGACAUUACAGCCAAUGAACUGCUGUUUAAUCUUGCCAUGGUCAAACCUGAAAGCACUGUUUUUCAUGCACAAAACGGGUGCAGUCUCAGAGAAAGGGCUUGUGACUGUCCAUUCCUAAUGUGGGGGACUCUAGUCUCUUCUCUGAGUAUUGAUCGAUAAAGAGCAGCACCCCCCCCAAUCCUUUAAAGCAUACACUUCUACAAGGUAGCAAAUCACCUCACAUGUUACAAACUAUUAUUUCCUUCCUCACACGCUCCCAGGGGCCAUUUCACAAAUCCCAUUUUUAAGAUGAAUACAUAGCAUACUUUUGUCACAGCCCUGCUCUUUUGUGACUGUCCCCUGGGUAGCACAACAGCUGGCACUCAGCUCUUUUGGCUUUGGCUCUGUGCAACCAUCCUAGCUGGAGCAGCACUGGCUGAGCUUGGGUCACAUUUGUGUCUGGAGAGCAACAGGGCUGUUCAGUUUGGAGGAACUUUAUCCACUGUUGGCUAUCAGGUGUUAAUGUAGGCCUGUCACCUAGGCUGUGGGCACUGGGCCUGAGCACAGAACUGAGAGCCUCUGUGAGCCAUGCUUGACACUCAUGGAGCACAGAGAAAUGGGUCACACUGUCACGGCACCUGUCUCACAACCAGGACAGCCCUUGCUUCCUGCUUGCUCUCCCACAGGAAUCUGUCCUAGCUUCCUUUGCCUCUUAACGGGUCCCACCAGAUGUAUAAAUGUAAACUUGUUGAUUUUAUUAAAAUUCUUCUAAUUCUUUGUC